AUGCCAAAUAAUCAACAGAACCAAAUUGAAUCACCAAGUAAAAAUACAAGCAAUGUCGGAGGAAGUACAUUAUUAAAUAAUAAUUCUCCACCAUUCAAAAGUAAUGGUAAUCUUAAUUCAAUACCAAAUGGAUUUAAUUUCCUUUCUUCAACUUCAUUUCAUGGAGGAUUUGGUUCUUUAUUUUCUCCAGAUUAUGCAUUCAAUGAACAAGCGAGUUCCAUAACUUCAAACUCAAAUUUAAAUAUUUUAAAUAAUGAUUCAUUUGAUAAAAAUUUUGGACAAUCAUUUUUUAAUUCAUUCUCAUCAUUAGGUUCAUUUAAUCAAACUCAACAACAAAAAGAGGCAUUGUUGUCAUUCCAAAACUCUUAUCUUCAACAACAACAAAAAGAUCAACAACAAAAGGAACAACAAAAAGAACAACAAAAAGAACAACAACAACAAGAGGAGCAAGAACAACAACAAAAAGAACAACAACCAAAUGAAUCAAACACUACAACUACUACAACUACAACUACAACAGCGGUUGAACAACAGGGAGCAGAGCAACAAGAUACAAAUUUAAAUUCAACCUCUUCACCAACAAUGAUGACAGAUGUAGUUUUUAAUACAAAUGAUCAUGUAGAUUUUGCAUCUGCUAAUAAUAAUGUAAUGGUAACAUCUUCACCAAUUUCAUCAAGUUUAAAUAAUUCACAAGAUAAUACUAAACCAGUUUCACCUGAUAAUAUAGAAAACACAUCGAAUCCAAUGGAUACUUCAUCUUCUAAUGGUAAAACACCUACCAUUACUCCAAUUGUAACACCAAUUACAACACCAGUAGUAACACCCUCGUCAACACCAUUAUCAACACCAUUAUCAACACCUUUAUCAACACCUUUAUCAACACCUGUUGCACCAAUUUUCAAUUCACCUACCACAUCAACUUCAUCAACUCAUUCAAAUACUUCAACUCCAAUUACAGUUUCAAUAAUAAAUAAUAAUAAUAAUAAUAAUAGUAAUAGUAAUAAUAAUAAUAAUAACAAUAAUAAUAAUAAUAAUAACAACACUAACAAUACGACAACCACAACAACAACAGCAACAACAACCAGUGGAGGCAAAACAAAUCCAACAGGUAAAAAAACAUCUUUAAAACAAGGUUGGACAAAAGAGGAACAUAUUAGAUUUUUAAAUGGUAUUCAAAUCCAUGGUAAGGGUGCAUGGAAAGAGAUUGCACAAUUUGUUGGUACAAGAACUCCAACUCAAAUUCAAAGCCAUGCACAAAAAUAUUAUCUAAGACAAAAACAAGAAACAAAGAAUAAAAGAAGUAUACAUGAUUUAUCACUUCAAGAUUUAAUUGAUGAUAAUUUAAAUAAUUCAAAUAAAAAUAAUGUAGAUAAAAACAAACAAGAUGAUAAAGAAAAAAAAACACAAAAAACGAAAAAAACAAAAUCAAAAUCUUCAACAAAAGGAGAUGAAGAAAUGAUUACCCAACAACAACAAUUACAACAACAGCCACAACAGCAGCCACAACAAAAACAACCACCAACAAUAAUAACUAAUUUUAAUACAACUCCAACUUCAAGUCAAUCAUCACCAAAAUCAAAUUCACCUUCUUCACCUUCUUCACCACAAUCUUUUCAAUCUUCACAAACUGAACAAGUUGUUGGAAAAUUAUUUUCACCAUUUUACAGGGCAAAUGACGGUGAUGAUAGUAAUGUUAGACAUAUUCCCAAAUCAUUUUUAAAUAAUAACAAUAGCAAUAAUAACAACAGUAAUAUUAAUGGUAUAAAUAAUAAUAAUGGAAAUGGAAAUGGAAAUAUGGAUAUGAAUAGUAAUAAUAUAAAUAGUUUUGGUAAUAAUGAGGGAAAUAUAUUACGACACCAAAAUUCUCAUCAAAUUCCACCACCACCACCACCACCAAUUCAACAUGUGCAAUAUCAAAUGGAUUUCCAAAGACAAUAUUUACCUCAUCACACUCCACAACCACCUCCACCACCACCAAUUCAACAAAUGGCUCCCAUUUUCCCAAUCUAUAAUGGUUCCAAUAUUCAUGAUAUAAAUGGAAAUAACCACAACAACAACAAUAAUAAUAAUAAUAACAUCAAUAAUGGAUGGAUUCAAAGUCCAAUUAAUAUUAACUCUCAAAUGCAACCUCAAAUUCAUCAACAAUUUCCCCAAAAUUUUUAUCAAUAUAAUCCCUACAGUGCUCCACCACCAACUUUACAAUAA